GAAGUUGUUUUGGCUGCAGGGGACCACGUGGAGCCUCCGGCGGGUGACUUGUGACCCUGCGCGUCCGCGGCUGCAGCUUCAUUGCGUCCUCCCUCGCCCGUCGAGUGGGCGACACACAACCAGCAGCUCUCCGCCACACCGACACGCCAGUGCGCCCGGUGUCGACAGACAUGUCGGCGGCAGGACACACCACCAAGAGCCGGGAGAUCCCGGCCGUCCGGCGGGUCGCCAUCCACGACGCCGCUCACAUGCCCCUGGACUACUCCACGACCCCCGGGGGGACCCUGUUCAGCACCACGCCCGGAGGCACCAGAAUCAUCUACGACCGGAAGUUCCUCCUGCAGUGUCGGACGUCUCCUCUGGCGCGCACGCCCCCCAACCUGCCCGACAUCCCGGGCGUCACCAGGCCGCUCAAACUCAACAACUCCACGGACACGGCCCGACCCGAACAGACGCCCCAAAAUAACGCCGACCAAGGCCUGCACACAGAGGACAGCGCAGGAGAAGACGCCCAGUUCGAAAUGGACAUUUAAAGACAGUCAGCCUCGAGGAUUUAACAGCUCUUUACAUAUUCAUUGUUUUUGUUUACUGGGAGAAAUGAGUUGAAAUGAGUAGCUUUGUAAUCUUCUUUCAGAAUGGUUCUGAAAACAAUACAGUUUUUUUUUUGUAACACUAAAUAUGUGUAAAAAAAAUGUGGUGCUCUUUAUAAAACAACACUAAAUGAAACAUCAAAGUAUUAAGUAUUGACCUGUGACGUAUCCGAGUCACACGCAAGUCAACGUUUUGUUAAAAUUAAACCUUUAAUGUUUCAAGUGAUUCAACAAAUUUGAUUGUAAAAUGUUUAAUGUUAAACAAAUAAAAAACUGAAAUUAUCA